UCUGAAAUAUUAAAAAUUAAAAUUUAUAUAUUAUUGCAAAAUUGCAUUUGAUAUAUAAAAAGUUGAUAAUUAAAAAAAAUGACACUACAACUUGACUUUAGUGGUAAUGUUGUAUUAAUCACUGGCAGCAGUUCGGGUAUCGGAGCCGAAAUUGCCAAACUAUUUACCAAAUCAGGUGCCAACGUAGUGGUCACGGGUCGUAAUACCGAUAAUGUUGCAAAAGUGUCCAAAGAGUGCUCCGAUUUGGCGGUCAAUGGCAAUAAAAUAUUAGAUAUUGUGGCCGAUGUCACCAAAAAUGAAGAUCUUCAUCGACUCGUUAACAAAACAAUUGAAUCGUUUGGAAAGUUAGACAUUUUGGUUAACAAUGUUGGGUAUGGUAUUCCCAGUCCAUUGGGUGAAUCGCAAUUUGUAGACAAUUAUCGGGCCAUCAUUGAAACAAAUCUCAAUUCAAUAGUAAUACUAACAAACCUAUGCGUACCGUAUCUCGAGUUAACAAAAGGCAAUGUCGUUAACAUGUCUAGUAUUUGCGGUCAUAUAGCAGCCAAAAAUUUUUCCCCUUACUGUAUUACAAAAGCUGGUCUAAAUAUGUUUACCAAAUGUGCCGCCUAUGAGUUGGGUCCUAAAGGCAUACGAGUUAAUGCUAUCAAUCCUGGUAUUAUUCGUACAAACUUUUUCAAUGCAAUGUUACAGUUGACCGACGAGGAAGAAGAGACCACUUGGAAUCAAUGUCAACAAUAUCCUGUCGGUCGUUGCGGUGAACCGGCAGAUAUAGCCAAUGCUGUGGCCUAUGUGGCCAGUAGUCACUCUGGGUUUGUAACUGGCACUACACUAUUGGUUGAUGGCGGACACAUUGCCGCCAAUAUGUCGGUUGACUUUUUUAUUAAGCAAUAAAU